UACGUCUGUCUGUUUGUUUGUGUGUUUUCACACCUGCAGGUUUGGGAAGCAGUUUGCGGUGACUCUGCUCCUGCAGAGUGUGGUGAUGAUUCUCACCAUGCUGGUGAUGCUCAACCUCUGCUGCUCCGUACCGAACACCAACCGUAUCAGCACCAAACAGCAACACAUCACAGAUCUGGAUCCCCGGUUCUUUUGGAGCUGGGACGGCUUUGAGGACUACCUCAUCUUCCUGUUGGCCUUCACGCUGCCCUGUGCCUUCACCACCCUUCUCCUCCUGUACUCCUCUCUGUUUGUGGAGUCCCUGGGCUUCCUGGCCGUGCUGACGGAGGCCAUGCUGGGGCUACCACAGCUGCUCCAGAACCAACGCAACCACUCCACCACCGGCAUGAGUGUGAACAUGGUCCUACUGUGGAUGGCCGGGGACAGCUUCAAGACGGCCUACUUUGCCCUGAAGGAGAGCCCGCUCCACUUCCUGUUGUGUGGGCUGACUCAGGUACUUGUGGAUCUGGCUAUCCUCUAUCAAGUGUGUCUCUACAGCCUAGACCCCUGGGACAAACUGGUUUAACUAACUCUAACCCUAGCUAACUCUAACCCUAGCUAACUCUAACCCUAGCUAAC